CUUUCGGUUCCAUCCCCGAAGAGUUUCUGUCGCCUUGAGGAAGGCAAUCCUGGGACUACGCUCUUCCUUUCCCUUUCGGAGAUGGGUGGGUCAUUUUCCCAACUGGAUUCUCAGCAGGAAGAUGAGAGGAACACUGUCCUUCCCCAGAACCCAGCCAUUGAUAGCAAGGCUGUCAGCUACUCAAGCCUGGAUAGCAACAAGACACUUUGUUCCUAUAUGUCUAAUGAACGCACAGCUGGUGCCAGCUUUGUUACUUGUCCUACCUGCGAAGGCCGUGGGGCGAUCCCCCGAGAGCUGGAGAAGCAGCUGGUGGCUCUCAUCCCCUAUGGGGAUAAGAGGCUGAAACCCAGGCGCACGAAGUUCUUUGUGUUCCUGGCUGUGCUCAUUUGCCUGGUGACCUCCUCCUUCAUCAUCUUUUUUCUGUUUCCCCGGUCUGUUGCUGUGGAGCCUGCAGGCCUCAACUCCUCUAUGGUGGCCUUUGAUGAAGAAAAUAUCCAAGUCAACAUGACGAAUGUGUUGAACAUCUCCAACACAAACUACUACCCUAUCACUGUGACCCAGCUGACCAUCGAGGUUCUGCACUUGUCCUUCGUGGUCGGGCAGGUCUCCUAUAGCCUCUUCUUGCAUGUUGGCCCUUUGGCCAGUGAACAGAUAUUUUACACAGUAGCCAGCAGGAUUAAGGAUGAAAGCACAUACAAAAUCUGUACCUGGCUGAAAAUCAAAGUCCACCAUGUGCUUUUACAUAUCCAGGGCUCGCUGACCUGCUCCUACCUGUGCCAUUCAGAGCAGCGGCUGUUCCAGAGCUAUGAAUAUGUGGAUUGCCGAGAAAACACAUCGGUGCCCCAUCUGCUGAUCCCCCACACACUCUAACUGCCUGUUGCCCCUGGAUUCCAGGUACCUCCAAGCCUGGUCUGUGACUCUGUCAACUUGUGGUACCCAAGGAAGGACUUUGCCAAAGGAAAGUCCUGCUUUAUCAUGCUCCACCAUUACCACACCCUUAGGACAAGUUGCUUUCUACAAUGUUAACAUCAUACUUGCACACACACUUAAUCCUCCAGUUUCUAUGAGUUAUUUCCUGGGCCAGCAUCAGAUCUGCCCUUGAUCUGUCUGAAGGAAAGUCUGACCUCACGUUGUCUUGUGGCUGAAUAUGCUGGUUUCCCAGCCCCAUCUGGCUUCUUCCCUUUCAGAUUCUUUGCCCAGUAAUAAGAAAAUGACUUUGGGAACAUC